AUGACCUGCAAUGGCGACGACGCCGUGUAUGCGUCCAUCUUGAACCGCAUGGAGCCGUCGGAGCAACUUAAGCUGCUGCAAAAGGUUAUGAAAAAGGAACACAAAGCAAUUCAGCGCCGGAUAUGUCGAGUAUCCGAGUCUUUGUCAUCCCUGCGUCAGCUGCAUGUGGCGGCAGCGCGUUUAAGACCUAGUGGUGAUUGGAUUUCAACGACGCUGCAAACGCAGCUUAAGAGUAUCGAAGAGUUUCGUCAAAAAUUGGAAAUCGCGGUGGAGAAUUUAGAAAAUGUUAUUGAAGUGGAAAGGAAAAAGAAGAGAAGACGACGAUUUGACAAGGAGAUAGCAGGUUUUGAGCGCAAAGUGGUUGUCGAAGAGAGUGGCAAAUACGUUAAGGAAGCAGAAAAACAUGGAAUCGAAAUGGACUCAGUGAAGAGGGAAAAGGAAAUUAUUAUAAAACAAGAACAAAACGGACCCUAUGUCGACUUUUUUGAAGUAGAGGACAAUGCCGAAAGGUUAGAGGGACUAACGGUCAGAUUCAGGGACAUUGCUAACUGUGGAGGAUGUGAAGUUUUAGAGACUUCUCAGCUGAGUGAGAAUGGAAAGCCAAGGAUUGAGAUAAAAAACCACCAUAGGGAGGUCGGAGACUCAGUUUCUAAAGUUGUUACGACUGAAGGCAAUGAGGUGGAGGAUGGAGAAAUAACGCCAGGAAAAGAAAGUGAUCAUGACUGUAUGAGAAAUGUCAUCGAAUUGCCGUUUGGUUUGAUUAGUGUGACCUCUGAAACAUCAAUGAGAAUGAAAAUGGAACCAAUGACGUUACAGGACUUAUAUACCAGAAAAGCUGACAGCCAAGACAUUGCUCAAGACAGGAUAGCAGUACAAGACGAAGUGGAAUCUCCUAUUGAGCUUCAAUUGCCAGAAUCGUCUGAUUCUGAGGAAUCGGGGCUAUAG